AUGACUUCUCUGGAACAUGUGAGCUGCAGGGUUCGAGGAAUACGGGGCCCCACAAAUGGGACAAAAGACGCCUCACAGAAAAAUGUGAUUGAUUUGAGCUCCGGUGACUCUCAAAAAGCAGGCCUUAGACCCCUCUCGUUCAUUCGGCAGGUGUUGGCAGGCUGUGUCUAUCCUCCGUUGCUGGAAGACAGAACCUUCCCCGUGGAUGUGCGGCAGCGAUCUGAGACUCUCCUUGAUGCCUGUGAAGAACGUAGUGUGGGCUCCUACACAGACUCCUCAGGCUUGGACCACGUUCGACACAGCAUUGCAGAGUUUAUCACAAGUCGAGAUGGAGUGCCUUGUUCUGCCAGUAAUGUUUUCAUUUCUGGAGGAUCACAAAGAGCACUGAUGGUGAUGGUGAAGCUGCUUGCUGGUACAGAAUGGGACUUUCCGACAGGUGUUUUGACCCCGAUGCCCCCUCCACUCACUCUGCCCAUGCUGCUGGACGAGGCUGGGGUCAGUCUGGAACCUUAUCGGUUAAACAAGGACCACAAGUGGGCAGUUAAUGUGGACGAGCUGUACCGAACUUUAACUACUGCUAGGUGGCGCUGUAAACCCAGAGCCAUCUUCAUAAGUAACCCCAGCAAUCCCACAGGCCAUGUCCAAAGCAGGAAGUCCAUACAGGAAGUGAUUAGGUUUGCUGCAGCCGCAGGUCUUCUCCUAUUGGUUGAUGAGGUCUACCAGGAGUAUGUCUUUGGAGACGGAGUUGAGUUUAUUUCAUACAAGAAAAUCCUGUUUGAGAUGGGCCCUCCGUACUCAGACACUGUUGAGAUGGCAUCCUUCUAUUCUAUAUCGAGUAUUGGAGAGUGUGGUCUGAGGGCGGGGUUCAUGGAGCUGGUGAAUAUCGACCCGAGGGUGAUGCACUUCGUCGACACCAUGCUCUGCACAGACAUCAGCACUCCAGUCAUGGGACAGCUGGCCCUAGACCUGAUGGUCAAACCCCCGAAACCUGGGGACGCCUCCUAUCACACAUACACAGAGGAGAAAAAGCAUGUUGAAAAUACCCUGAAGUGGAAUUGUUGGAGAGCUUGUGAAGUCUUAAAUAAUCUGCCUGGGGUGAGCUGUGAGUCGGCGGUGGGUGGAGUCUACCUUUAUCCCUGUGUGAAUGUGCCUGUUGCAGUCGUAACGCAGGCUGAGGAGAGGGAGGUGGAGGCGGGCGCUCUGUACUGUGAUCUUCUCAUGGAGGAACAGGCCGUGCUGAUUGGACCGGGCUGCUCAUGUGGACCACCGGCUGGGACCUGUCACUUCAGGUUGUGUAUCCUGGUUUCUUCAGACAUUCUGGAAGAAGCUCUGAGUCGGAUACAGAAUUUCCACCGAGGCCUGCUGGAAUCUAACCCUGAAAUGUAA